AUGCCUCCAAGACCAUCUUCAGGUGAACUGUGGGGCAUCCACUUGAUGCCCCCAAGAAUCUUAGUAGAAUGUUUACUACCAAAUGGAAUGAUAGUGACUUUAGAAUGCCUCCGUGAGGCUACAUUAAUUACUAUAAAGCAUGAACUAUUUAAAGAAGCAAGAAAAUACCCUCUGCAUCAACUUCUUCAAGAUGAGUCUUCUUACAUUUUCGUAAGUGUUACCCAAGAAGCAGAAAGGGAAGAAUUUUUUGAUGAAACAAGACGACUUUGUGACCUUCGGCUUUUUCAACCCUUUUUAAAAGUAAUUGAACCAGUAGGCAACCGUGAAGAAAAGAUCCUCAAUCGAGAAAUUGGUUUUGCUAUUGGCAUGCCAGUGUGUGAAUUUGAUAUGGUUAAAGAUUCAGAAGUACAGGACUUCCGAAGAAAUAUUCUCAAUGUUUGUAAAGAAGCUGUGGAUCUUAGGGAUCUUAAUUCACCUCAUAGUAGAGCAAUGUAUGUCUACCCUCCAAAUGUAGAAUCUUCACCGGAACUGCCAAAGCACAUAUAUAAUAAAUUAGAUAAAGGGCAAAUAAUAGUAGUGAUUUGGGUGAUUGUUUCUCCAAAUAAUGAUAAGCAGAAGUAUACUCUGAAAAUCAACCAUGACUGUGUUCCAGAACAGGUGAUUGCUGAAGCAAUCAGGAAAAAAACUCGAAGUAUGUUGCUAUCAUCUGAACAACUAAAACUCUGUGUUUUAGAAUAUCAGGGCAAAUAUAUUUUAAAAGUAUGUGGAUGUGAUGAAUACUUCCUAGAAAAAUAUCCUCUGAGUCAAUAUAAGUAUAUAAGAAGCUGUAUAAUGCUUGGAAGGAUGCCCAAUUUGAUGCUGAUGGCCAAAGAAAGCCUCUACUCUCAACUGCCAAUGGACUGUUUUACAAUGCCAUCUUAUUCCAGACGCAUCUCCACAGCUACACCAUAUAUGAAUGGAGAAACAUCUACAAAAUCCCUUUGGGUUAUAAAUAGUCCUCUCAGAAUAAAAAUUCUUUGUGCCACUUAUGUGAAUGUAAAUAUUCGAGACAUUGACAAGAUCUAUGUUCGCACAGGUAUCUACCAUGGAGGAGAACCCUUAUGUGACAAUGUGAACACUCAAAGAGUACCUUGUUCCAAUCCCAGGUGGAAUGAAUGGCUGAAUUAUGAUAUAUACAUUCCUGAUCUUCCUCGUGCUGCUCGACUUUGCCUUUCCAUUUGUUCUGUUAAAGGCCGAAAGGGUGCUAAAGAGGAACACUGUCCACUAGCCUGGGGAAAUAUAAACCUAUUCGAUUACACAGAUACUCUGGUAUCUGGAAAAAUGGCUUUGAAUCUUUGGCCAGUACCUCAUGGAUUAGAAGAUUUGCUGAACCCUAUUGGUGUUACUGGGUCAAAUCCAAAUAAAGAAACUCCAUGCUUAGAGUUGGAAUUUGACUGGUUCAGCAGUGUGGUAAAGUUUCCAGAUAUGUCAGUGAUUGAAGAGCAUGCCAAUUGGUCUGUAUCCCGAGAAACAGGGUUUAAUUAUUCCCAUGCAGGACUGAGUAACAGACUAGCUAGAGACAAUGAAUUAAGAGAAAAUGACAAAGAACAGCUCCGAGCAAUUUGUACACGAGAUCCUCUAUCUGAAAUCACUGAACAAGAGAAGGAUUUUCUGUGGAGCCACAGACACUAUUGUGUAACUAUUCCUGAAAUUCUACCCAAAUUGCUUCUGUCGGUUAAAUGGAAUUCUAAAGAUGAAGUAGCCCAGAUGUACUGCUUGGUAAAAGAUUGGCCUCCAAUCAAACCUGAACAAGCUAUGGAGCUUCUGGACUGUAAUUACCCAGAUCCUAUGGUUCGAGGUUUUGCUGUUCGAUGCUUGGAAAAAUAUUUAACAGAUGACAAACUUUCUCAGUACCUAAUUCAGCUAGUACAGGUCCUAAAAUAUGAACAGUAUUUGGAUAACCUGCUUGUGAGGUUUUUACUCAAGAAAGCAUUGACUAACCAAAGGAUUGGUCACUUUUUCUUUUGGCAUUUAAAAUCUGAGAUGCACAAUAAAACAGUUAGUCAGAGGUUUGGCCUGCUUUUGGAGUCCUAUUGUCGGGCAUGUGGGAUGUAUUUGAAGCAUCUGAAUAGGCAAGUGGAAGCUAUGGAAAAACUCAUCAACUUAACUGACAUUCUCAAACAAGAGAAGAAAGAUGAAACACAAAAGGUACAGAUGAAGUUUCUAGUUGAGCAAAUGAGGCGACCAGAUUUCAUGGAUGCUCUUCAAGGCUUUCUAUCUCCGCUAAACCCUGCUCAUCAGCUAGGAAAUCUCAGGCUUGAAGAGUGCCGAAUUAUGUCCUCUGCAAAAAGGCCACUGUGGUUGAAUUGGGAGAACCCAGACAUCAUGUCAGAGUUACUGUUUCAGAACAAUGAGAUCAUCUUUAAAAACGGAGAUGAUUUACGGCAAGAUAUGCUAACACUUCAAAUUAUUCGCAUUAUGGAAAAUAUCUGGCAAAAUCAAGGUCUGGAUCUUCGGAUGUUACCUUAUGGUUGUCUGUCAAUUGGUGACUGUGUGGGACUGAUUGAGGUGGUUAGAAGUUCUCACACUAUCAUGCAAAUUCAGUGCAAAGGUGGCCUAAAAGGCGCCCUGCAGUUCAACAGCCACACGCUACAUCAGUGGCUCAAAGACAAGAACAAAGGAGAAAUAUAUGAUGCAGCCAUUGAUUUGUUUACACGUUCAUGCGCUGGAUAUUGCGUUGCCACCUUCAUUUUGGGAAUUGGAGAUCGUCACAAUAGUAACAUCAUGGUCAAAGAUGACGGACAACUGUUUCAUAUAGAUUUUGGACACUUUUUGGAUCACAAGAAGAAAAAAUUUGGUUAUAAAAGAGAACGUGUGCCAUUUGUUUUGACACAAGAUUUCUUAAUAGUGAUUAGUAAAGGAGCCCAAGAAUGCACAAAGACAAGAGAAUUUGAGAGGUUUCAGGAGAUGUGUUACAAGGCUUAUCUAGCUAUUCGGCAGCAUGCCAAUCUCUUCAUAAAUCUUUUCUCAAUGAUGCUUGGCUCUGGAAUGCCAGAACUACAAUCUUUUGAUGAUAUUGCAUACAUUCGAAAGACACUAGCCUUAGAUAAAACUGAGCAAGAGGCUUUGGAAUAUUUCAUGAAACAAAUGAAUGAUGCACAUCAUGGUGGCUGGACAACAAAAAUGGAUUGGAUCUUCCACACAAUUAAGCAGCAUGCUUUGAACUGAAUUGAUGAUAACUGAGAAACUGACAAUUUGGAUUCUACACUGCACUGUUAUUAACUGUCAGCAGGCAAAGACUGGUUGCAUAGGAAUUGCACAGUCCAUGAACAGCAUUAGAAUUUACAGCAAGAACAGAAUAAAAUAUUAUAUAAUUUAAAUAAUGUAAACACAAACAGGGUUUGAUAGCACUAAACUAGUUCAUUUCAAAAUUGAGCUUUAGAAUAAUGCGCAGUUUCAUGUUAUGCCUUAAGUGCAAAAAGGUAAACUUUGAAGAUUGUUUGUAUCCUUUUUUAAAAAACAAAACAAAACAAAAAAAUCCCAAAAAUAUAUAGAAAUGAUGGAAAAGGAAAAAGAAUUAUGUUCUUUUUUUGUCUUGCAAAUGUUCUGUUUUGAAAUAUUGACACAACAAAGUCUGUUAUUACAUUAGGUCCAAGUAAACUGGAGGUUGAUGUUAAAUUACAUAAGACUGAAAAAGAAUGAAAAUUUCUUAUUUUUUCAUGGCUGUUCGAUCUAUAGUUUGAAGUGGGUUUUUAACUCCUUGUUUAAUGAAGAAAAUGCUUGGGGUGUAAGGGACUCUUAAGGUUUCAGCAGGAGUUUUUCUUUUUAAUAAAUCAAACCUUUUGAUGAUUUGAGGUCUUGUCUGCAAAGUUUUGGAAGCAGUCACAAAUGAGACCUGUUAUAUAAGGUGUUCUGUUUUGUUUUUUUUUCUGGACAGUAUUUACAAGGAUCUGAUUCUUAUUUCCCAGGGAAAUUCUGGGCUCCCACACAAGAAAUAAAUCAUCACAGAAAAAGAAUGAGCAGGAAUAAUUCUUGCUCUAGAAUUGUACAGUAUUCACCUUAGAUUGAUUUUUUUUCUCUUUUUGCAAUUGAACUGAAUACAUUUUUCAUGCAUGUUUUCCAGAAAAUAGAAGUGAGUAUUAAUGUUAUUAAAAAGAUUAUUUUUUUUAUAAAAGGCUAUUUAUAUUAUAGAAACUAUCAUUAAUAUAUAUUCUUUAUUUACAUGAUCUGUCCCAUAGUCAUGCAUUGUUUUGCACCCCAGAUUUUUUAUUGUUCAUAGCAGCAUGAUCACCUUUUCUCUUGGUCUGUGAGUGAGGCUCAGGCACAAUUCCAUUUACAUCAUUAACCAGUGUGUAAUUACUUAAGAAAGAUAGAUUCGACUUCAUCCUCUUUCUUUUUAUUUAUUUCUGUUUCCACAAUAAUCCCCUAUUCUCUGUCCUCUUUCAUAGUUGAGAAUGGCUCAAGCUUAUGAAAUUAAUUCCCACAAUUAGCACAAUUUUUAUUAUCUUCCUGAUUGCUUCGAUUCCUCUCCUGAGGUAUGCUCAUGGAUACUUUAUGAGAGACUAGAAACCAGAAACGUUUUACCUUUUAAGCUAUUUAUCCAUAUUUCAAUAAUAAAAGUAGAACCUUAAGCCAUUUUAAGAUCAUAUCCCAUUUCCAAGUGGUCAGAGCUCACUCUCCAACUUUAUAAAAUUGCAUUUGAGCACAGCAUACAUUCUUAAACAUUUUGAAAAACAUUAACCCAAGAUGUAGGGAGUAAUGUUAGUUAUCACUCUAGAAUCUGAUAUUUUACUCAGUAUUUGAAACGAAUGAUUAAUGUCCUAGAACAUAGCUGUAGCAAAUGUCCAGGUGCCACACCAAAAAAAAGUGCAAUAAUUUACUGACAGUUUUCUAGAUUAGGCAUAUUAUUGGAAUACAACUCUAUAAAGAGUGCACAGUGUAACGCUAGUAAAACAGCAUCACUUAAAAAUAUUCAUUUAUGAAAUCAGUUACCUAUAGUAGAAGUCUUGAAUAGUGAACAAGGGACUCUAAAGCAAAUACUCCUAAUAUUUGGCUAUUUAGAACACUUAAAGGGCAUAAUUAUUGGAGAUUUAGACGCUUCACUAAAGCAUGUAUAUAAUAUUUCUGACGAAAAAUAAAUUGAAAGAUUAGGGGAAUUCAUUUCUGUAAACUGUCUUGGAAUAGUUCAGCAGAAUUUAAACUCUGUUUUAAGCGGGAAACCAGAUAGAUGCUUUUGCAGCAUAGAAGAUUUCAUAACUUAUUAAAACUUCAUAAAUAGCAUUUUGUGUCUUCUAGAUGUAUACAGUUAAUACAUGCUAACAUCCCAGUCUUUUCUUUAUCAGGGGUUGAUUGUAAAACUCAGUGAAAUGGUACAAAUCUGAAACUUUGAUGGUAGAAACCGAAGAUUUAACAGAGAACUGUGUUUUACCCGAGUGCCAAAAAAAGCCUUGAGUUUCCUUGCACAAAAUUUAUAAAAUUUUUGCAUUUUUCACAUCAGUACAGAUAGUUGAUUGUUGUUUUGGGAUUUUUUUCUGGAACCUUUCUCCCAUUAAAACACAAGCCACAUGGCUUCUUUCAUCAUUUACAUUUAUUUUUAAGAGUUAUUACAACCAAAUUAAUUCUGUUUCAAGCAAUAUAGACAAAUUCAGUAAAGAACAUAGAUUAAGUGAUCUAAAAGCAAAGUAAAUUUUAAGCAAAUCCAAAUAGAGUUUAAGCAGACAAUCUCAAAAAUAGAAGAGACAGGCAGUACUCUGAAAGACAAGGAACCAGAAAUUGAACUGGGGUGAUUAGGAUUUCUUUCAAGGCAGUGAGAGCAUAGCCACUUCUAGGUACUUCAGUAUCAGAGGUUAGUUCCCAUGGGUUGGUCAGUUCCUUCAUCCCUCUCAUUUCAUGUGUUCUAACUGACUAUUGGCUCUAAAAUUUAAUUGGAUCACUUGAGAAAUAUUUCCUUCAAUGAUUAUUUUGGGGAAAAAAGAAAGGUAGGUUUAAAGAAAAUAAAACUUAAUUUUCAACACAUUCUAGCAAGAAAUAAUCAACUGUUUGAAUAUCAUGCUUUAACUUUUUGCCAUUUUCACAAUGAUAGAAAACAUUUAUUUUGAAGAUUUUUAGACUGCUGUUAAUUUGAAAUCUGUUAUUCAUAUUGUGGAAUUUUUUAAAAAUGUUUUUAAUUGGAUUUUUUAAAGAAGAAUGGAAUUUGGUCUAUUUUAUGAUCGAACUGAAGCUUCUUAUGGUUCUUAGCGUCCUCUGUAAAACUUAGUGUCAAAGUAAUCAACUUUGAGGUUUUCCCUUCUAACCUGCUUUAUAUUAUAAGCCCAUUAGGAAAUGGGAACCUGGUAAAUAUAUAAUGAAUUGUAAAAUAUUUUAAUGUAUAACUUUUUCAACUGUGAAACGAUGACUAUUGGUUUGUUUUUUUUUUUUUUUUUAUGAAAACAGCUGCUGAUAAAAUAUUUUGUGUAAAGUGUAGUUUUUAUUAAUUAGGAAAAUGACUUGAUUAGAAUGUACACACACUCUUGGAUUUUAUUUUAAUGAUUGGUAAUUUUCACAAAGGUAAAACACAGUCCAUCUGUAUUUGUUUUUCCAUCAAAAAUUAAGUGAUUUGGCAUUAUUAAAAAAUUAUGAGCAGCCUGUCUCUGAAAGACAUCAUAGAAAUUUCACAGCUCAUAAACUUGGAUUUGUUUCUUAAUGAUUUUAUAAAUCCAUUUAAUUCCUCUUCUGACCAAUAGCCCAUGCUUGCCAACUCUGAAGAAAUUUAAUUUCUAGCAUUAUUUUUAAAGCCAGCAUGUUAAUUUUUUCUGAAUAUUAUAAGCUCCACUUGUUUCUAUAGCUGUACAAACUGCAGGCGUGGGCUGGACCCACAGUCAAAGUCUGCCUUAUGAAAGUACUUUGAUGCCUAAGACAUCACUAAAAUAUUUCAGUUUAAAGAUUUCAGUUAAUACAUUGUGGUGCUUCUACUAUUUAAAAACAACUUUCAUAAUUCAGAUGUUUUUGAAAAGAGGGGAAUGUGGAGGGAGAGGGUGGAACCAGGGGGGAGUUGUUCAGAUGAAUUACAUUCUUCAUAUCCAUCCUGCUCAGAUGGGGCACUGUAUAAAGACAAGGCUGAAAGUUGUGAGAGUAUAUGGUUCAUACCAUGAGUGAAUUAACUCUUCAAAAAGGAUGGGAUUGUGAGGGCUGGUCUGUAAAAUUUGGCAUUGACAGGAUCCUCAGAUAAUAAUUCUUGGUGGCAGAAUAAUACAGCUGGGCUGUUUUUUAAAGUACAAACACAAAACCAUUUUUUAAUUUUUUAAUUAUUACAUUAAAAUUGUAAAUGUAUCUUACAUGCCGUGGCCUGGAAAGCCUUUUUUCUUUUCUUUUCUUUUCUUUUUUUUUCUUUUCUCUUAAAAAAAUAUUUUCACUCCUUGAAAAGAUGGAGUUUAGCUCCAGAUAACUAUCUAUGGUCCUGAUAAAAUCAAGUUGUAGCUCAACCUCAGAUUAGUCUAGGUGGUAAGGGGCCAGACAAUAGGGGAAAAAAUUAGAUAAGUCAGAAUUCAAUACUUGAGACACUGACAUUACAGAAAUUUUGCAAAGCACUGUAUUUUACUUUUAUAAAGUCAGAGUUGGCAUGCCUUGUCUUUUAAAAGCAUUGGAGACACUAAGAAAAAAAGUUUUUUUUACUAAAAUUUCAUCAUUGCUCCAGCCAUUUGGAAAAGCCCAUAGUACCAGGAGGUUCAUGGUCCUGUGUUCUUGCAUAUAGCAUUUUAAAUUAGUUUUGCUCUCUUUUCAUUAUUCGUGUGUGUAUAUUCGCACACAUCUAUUCUAUUUGUGUACACACUUCUUGCUAUUCCCCUAGUCAAGAGGCAUCUUUUAUAAAGGGUGUAAACAUUAAGUUUAUAAAAUUCAGAAAUGUUUACAGUCUGUGAAGGGUUUCCCAAGUUGGGAUGAUAGUCUUUAAAUAAACUUACUUCAUUCGAGUGUUCCACUUGAUUAAAGUUUUGCACUUCAUUUUUAUUACUACAGCGCCAUUCUUUUUGUUUGUUUUUAGGUAUGUUAAUAUUCCAACCAUGCUAAUUGGCAUAAAGUGACAGAUAAGGAAUUUUGACUUAAUUUUUACACAACUACAUUUAAGAGUUUUAGUGCAGGAAAAAUUGAAAUCAGUGCAUUCACAUUUAGUGUACUUAGAUAAGUGAUUUUCACUAUCAUCAGUAAUCUUCAUUCCUCAUGUUGGUAAAUACUGCAAGGGGUUGUAAUGCAUUUCGUAAGCCAAUUAAAGUCUCUGGAUCUACUACAACUUUAUUUAAUCUGUCACUACAAUAAUUUUGUGGUUAUGCUAAAGGCCAUGUAUAUUUUUAGGUAAUUCCUAUUUUUGUUAAUCCUUCUGGUUAGCAAAGAAGCAGAAAAGUUCAUAUUUUCUCUUUAUAUUUUCUUAAAAUGUCUUUAAUAAGAUUAUGCUCCUUAAUUCUAGUAUGGAUUUCCAAAUGUGAUAAUUAUCUAUUAAUUUCAUAAAAAAAAAAAAAAAAA